AUGGCUCACUCAAUUGCCAAGGCCACUCUUGGCCUCACACGACCAAACCAAAUCGACCACCCAAAUAUCUCAAUUGCGGCAAAAGAGAUUGAUUUGUUAGAAUGGAAAGGAGACAUACUUGCAGUAGGCGCAACUGAGGUGGACAUGAUCAAAGAUGAGAAUUCAAAUUUCAAGAAUUUAAUCCUGCAAAAACUAGAUUCACAAUUAGGAGGUUUGUUGUCUGAAGCAUCAUCAGAGGAGGAUUUCACUGGAAAGGCUGGACGAUCAACAGUUCUUAGGCUUCCCAAUCUUAACUUGAAAAAGGUAUGUUUAAUUGGCCUUGGAUCAGCUACAUCAGCAACUACUGCAUAUCACAGUCUUGGUGAGGCAGUUGCUGCAGCAGCUAAGUCUGCUCAGGCAAGUAAUGUUGCAAUCAUACUUGCUUCUUCCGCAGAGCUCUCUACUGAAUCAAAGCUAAACGUUGCUUCAGCAAUAGCCACUGGAUCUGUAUUGGGGACUUAUGAAGACAAUAGAUUCAAGUCAGAGUCAAAAAGAGGGACUCUCAAAUUCGUGGAUAUUCUUGGUCUUGGCACUGGACCUGAGAUAGAAAAAAAACUCAAGAAUGCCGAAGAUGUUUGUUCUGGGAUAAUUUUUGGAAAAGAGCUAGUAAAUGCACCUGCUAAUGUACUCACACCUGGAGUACUAGCAGAAGAGGCCAAAAGGAUUGCUUCUGAGCACAGUGAUGUUCUUUCUGCAACAAUCUUGGAUGUAGAGCAGUGCAAAGAAUUAAAAAUGGGUUCUUAUCUUGGUGUUGCGGCAGCAUCUGCUAAUCCUCCACAUUUCAUACACUUAUGUUACAGGCCUCCAGGUGGAGAAGUCAAGACCAAGCUGGCCUUAGUUGGAAAGGGGUUGACGUUUGACAGUGGUGGCUAUAAUAUCAAGACAGGACCAGGUUGUUCCAUUGAGCACAUGAAAUUUGACAUGGGAGGUUCAGCAGCCGUAUUGGGUGCAGCAAAAGCUCUUGGUCAAAUCAAGCCAACUGGAGUAGAGGUUCAUUUCAUUGUUGCAGCUUGUGAGAAUAUGAUAAGUGGAACAGGCAUGAGGCCCGGAGAUAUUGUUACAGCAUCAAAUGGAAAGACAAUUGAGGUAAACAAUACUGAUGCUGAAGGAAGACUUACACUUGCAGAUGCUUUGGUAUAUGCUUGCAAUCAAGGACUAGAGAAGAUCAUUGAUUUGGCCACAUUAACUAGGGCUUGUGUUGUUGCUCUUGGACCCUCUAUUGCUGGUGUUUUUACACCCAGUGACGACCUGGCAAAUGAGGUACUUGCAGCCUCAGAGGUAAGCGGGGAAAAACUUUGGAGAAUGCCCCUGGAAGAAAGUUAUUGGGAGUUCAUGAAAUCUGGAGUGGCUGAUAUGGUGAACACCGGUAGUCGCCAAGGUGGUUCCAUCACUGCAGCUCUUUUCUUGAAGCAGUUUGUUGAUGAGAAGGUCCAGUGGAUGCACAUUGACAUGUCUGGCCCUGUUCGCAAUAAUAAGAAGAAAACUGCAACCGGUUUUGCUCAACUUGAUCAAUUGCACUUAUGUUCAUAUGAAUCAAGUCAUUCUGGUUCUAUUGAGGCUUCACUUGAGAAUAUUAGAAACGGGCCAGUUCAGUUCAGACCUGAACUCACAGAGCUCUUACGACAAAACCGCCAUGAUCUUAAUCCUAGAUUUACAAAUGCUGCAACCUUUUUCCUGAGAUUCCGUCACAUUAGUGUGACCUUUGCUGUGUUUGUCUUCUUGUGGAUAGCCGCUUACUUCUUUUUCAUUACUUCUAUUACAGAGAACACGGCGUUGCAGGUGACGAUUUCUCCCAACACUACUCCAAAUGGGAAUCUGCUGAACUCUAAACAACAUUGUAUACAUGGUUUGCGUCAGGAUUUGCAUGUCGACCGGAUUCUUUUCAGAGGUAGAUCACUGAUACCUGUAUCAUGUGAGGUCGUGAAUGACAACGUUGAUGGACUUUGUCCUAAUUCGUCUCGCUAUCCUAUAUUUGCUGAAUUUAUGCUUCCUCGUGCUGUGAGAUUGAUCGAGCCACCCGCUCAAGAUUGA